AUGGCGACGCUGGCGGCCGGCAAGCCCUGCGUACUGGUCGAAUCCUUCGAGAUCGACGAGAUCGCGCGCCUGAUCGCGCAACACCGCCCCACCACCCUGUUCGGCAGCGACGACAUGUAUGCGCGCCUUCUCGAUGCCGUGUCGGGCGAUCACCCUUUCCCUUCGGUGAAGUGGGCGGGCUACGCCGCCUUCAACGCUUCGCUCGACUCCCUGGCCGAGACGGCGGAACGGCGCGGCCUGCGCCUGUGCGGGCUCUAUGGCAUGAGCGAAGUCCAGGCCCUCUACUCCAUCCAGCCGAUGGAAUCGGAUGUCGCGCGGCGCAAGAACGGCGGCGGCGUGCCGACGUCUCCGCUGGCGCAUGUCCGCGUCCGCGAUCCCGACAGCGGCGAACUGCUGGGCGUCGGCCAGCCGGGGAUGCUGGAAUGCGCCGGCCCCUCCCUGAUGGUCGGUUACUUCGGCAACGACGCCGCCACCGCCGAGGCCGUGACCGCCGACGGCUACGUUCGCACCGGCGAUCUCGCCGAACUGGACGGCCUAGGUGGCUUCACCUUCCUCAGCCGCAUGGGCGACGUGCUGCGGCUCUCGGGCUUCCUCGUGAACCCGCUGGAGAUAGAGACCCAUCUGCAGAAGCUGCCGGCCAUCGCCGGGUGCCAGACGAUCGCCGUGCCGCGCCCCGAGGGCGUCCGGGCGGUUGCCUUCGUGAUCCUCUCCCCGGGGGCGACGCUCGACGAGGCCGCGGCCAUCGCGCACUGCAAGCACGGCCUCGCCAACUACAAGGUCCCAAUGCGCGUCUUCGCGGUAGACGACUUCCCCAAGACCCCUUCGCCCAACGGCUUCAAGAUCCAGCGCGCCCGCCUGCGCGACAUGGCGCUGGAAAGGCUCUAG